UGCGAAGAGUGUAAUUUUGUCAUCGUCGCCGCAGUUCGAUCGUCGUCGCAUCCGUUCCCGGACGGUUCUCUGGUGCGUUUUUCUUCCUUCUGGUCCGUCGUUGUGUGUCCGAUCCGUGGUGUCCCCGUGGAACCUGCCAGCACCAAGGUGUGCACCGUGUGCGUGUUAGUGUGUAUCGGAUUACCUUUUCCGGAGGAGAAGCGCAGUGCAAAAAUUUGACCGCGCAGUAUCGACAACACCCGUAGGAUCAAACCCCCGGUAGCCGCGAGCAAACAAUGCAAAUAUGGACCUGUCCGUGCUCAUCGUAAUGUUCGUCGCGACCCUGCUCGUGCUCGUUGGUCUGUACUUUUUCCUGAUGAAGCCCCUGGCCGGCAAGUCGUACGAGGAGAUGCAGAAGGAGAAGCUCGCGAUGCGCGAGAAGAUUAUGGGAACCGGUGCCGGUGCCGCCACCAGCGCCAAGUCGUCCAAGGAUAACGCCAACAAGAAAACGAAAAAGGUCAACAAGAACAAGCAGCAGCAGAAGCAGAAGGCCGCCGUCAAGGACUCCGACCAGGACUCGGUGGUGGAGACCGAAUCGGCCGAGUCCGAGUUUGAAGAGGAGAUCAACCCGCUGACCUACGCCAAGAAGAAGGUGAACGCGAGCGUCGAGUACGCCGAGACGGAAGCGUUUGCGCUGAACGCCGACGGGCAUGGAAAGAAAAAGGACAAACCAAACCAGGGCAAGAAGAACAACAAGCAAAAGGGAGGCAUUCUGCUGAACAAGUCGGAACCGGUGCUGGUGAAGCAGGAGUCGGCCCAGGAGAUCAACCACUUUGAGGAGAUUCACCCGAAGGAUGCGCUGGAAAUCGCUCGUCAACACAAAGAGGAAGACGCUAAGAAGUCUCAGCCGAAGGAAGUCGCGGACAAGGCACGUCAACCUGCCGCUGCCACCACCGCUGCCGUGAAGAAGGAGGAAGAAGUCAAGACCAAAUCCCACCCCAAGGAUCAACGCAAGCAAAAGAACAAGGAAAACGCCAAGCCACCGCUGACCAAAACUAGCGCCGUCGAGGAGAUUCCGGUCGUGCCGGCUGUGGUGGCCCCGGUAGUGACGGCCAACCCCGUUGCAGCCCCCGCCGAAGUCAAGUCGUCCGCCAACGUCGUCAACAAGGACAAGUCCAACAAGAAGAAGAAGAACGAACUCAUCACCCAGCAGCUGGCCGCCGAAGUGCACGACGCCGUCAACGUCCAAUCGCUGGUGCGCAUCCUCGCCAAGGCCGACCUGCCCCGCAACGAUAUUCAAAUUUUGAUCGACUUUCUGCUGAACAAGCAGCAGGACACGCUCACGAAGGACCCGUCCGAGUGGAACGACCCCUCGGACCCGCUGCAGAAGCUCAAGAAGCAGCUCCAGGAAAAGCAAAACCAACUCGACGAGGAACAGAAGGGCGCCGCCGGCCUUCACGCCAAGCUCAAGGAGCUGCGCCAGGAGUUGAACAGCGAGAAAUCUCAGGCCAGCGCCGUCGUCAAGGGCUUCAACGAGGAGCUCAACAACAAGAAACUCGAAGUCCAGAGCCUGUCCCAGCAGCUGCAGCUCGUCUCGGACAAGUACUCGGCCGAAAAGCAAGCCCUCACCCACCAGUUCCAGCAGCUACAGGCCAAGUACGUGCAGCUGUCGGAGAAGCAUGCCGCCGCCCAGGAAGGCGUCGCCAGCGUUGCCCAACUCAACGAGAACAUGCAAAUCCUACAGCGCGAACUCAUGACCAAGAGCCAACUGCUGAACGAGAAGCUGCAGGUCGAAGAGGAACUGCUCAAGAAGAAGACUGAAUACGAGAUGCUGCUCCGCAGCAAAGACGAAGCCCUCCAGCAGCGUGCACAAGACGUUGCCGCGUACGAGGCCGAACUGCAGCAGCUGCGCGUCGUCGCCACCCAAAAGGACGAGCUGGCCAAAUCCUGCCAGCAGCAGAGCUUCGAAAUCGACCAACUCAAAUCCCAACUGGGCGAGCUCCAGCUCAAGCAGAAGCAGGCAGCGGCCGCCAGCAACCAGGUCGAGGAGAGCAGCAAGGUCGAACUCCGAAACCUCCAGAAUGCCUUAGACUCGAGCAAAACGGAGCUGGCCGGCUGCCGGGCCGAGCUCGUCGCCGCCAAGUCCCGCUCCGGCGACCAGGACCAGCAGCUCAAGGAGCUGCGCGUCCGCGAGGAGGACCUCCAGAAGCAGCUGCACGAGCAGCGCGAGAAGAACAAUGAUUUGCGCAUGAAGAACUGGAAGUUGAUAGAGGCACUGCAAGUGGCCCAAAGCAAAACGGCCACCACUAACACGAGUCAAAGUAGUAAAGUUGAACUGACGGCGGCGGCCAGUAAAAUUGCGUCCAACCAUGUCGUCGUGGAAGCGCCCGCACCCAAGGUCGACAUCGACAAGGUCAUCCUGGAGGAACAGAACCGCACCAAGGAUCUGCUGGUGAAGCUGCUCCCGACGGAGAUCGUCUCGGCACUGCCACUGGACGCGGCCAACUUUUACAGCUGGCUCGAGUCCACCGUUGUCUGCAUCCAGGAGCAGCAGCAGGAGUGCAUCCGAACUGCCACAGAAGCUGCUGCUGCGGCGGCGGCGGCGGCUGCCUCGGUCGCGGUCACCACCACCACCAACAGUAAUAAUAGCACCGAGGUGGGGCACCUCAACUGCAAUAGUAGGAGUAGUAACAAUAAUAGUAGUUUAUACGAAAAUAAUGACGCCAACGGCAACGACGGCAGCAAUAAGAAUGGUGCCCCCGAGGGAGACCUGGAGGACCAGCAGGUGCUGGCGCAGCGGAACGAACAGCUCCAGAAGACCGUCGAUCAGUACAAGACGAUCAUCGCGGACACGGAAAUCAUGCUGAAAAACCUAGAAUCGAAAGUAAUCGAACAGGACAUCCACUGGCGCUCGGUGGUGCAAGCGAAAGAGAAAGAACUGAACCUGCUCAAGUCGGCCGGCGCGAUGCAGUAGUGUUGAGAGCGCGUGCGCGUGAGAGUGUGUGAACGAGCAAGCGUGCGAGCGAAAUUGAGUGAGUGAUCGGAGAUCGAUGUGACAACCCCCGCGGGACUUUGGUAAGGUAGGAAGAAGUGAUCAGCGUUGGGUUCCGGGUCACUGUGCAGGGUCACACUCUCAGCUGCCUUGUAGAGAUAUAACGCGCCCGCGGAAUUCUUAUGUAUCCCGAAAGUAUUGCCAGGAUAUUUUUGCUCGGAUUACGACAUAAAGACAUGUUCCCUUUUUUUUCUUCUUCUUGCUCUUUCUUUCACAGACCGUGACUAAAAGAAGAGGACUGAAUCGCGCGCGAAAGUAGUGAUCGCCACACAAAAACACACACCUCCACACACAGAUUAUCUCGAAUUUCAGUCCUAGAUCGUUCCGAGUUUUGUCUAAAUUCAUCCUAUUAUCGGUAGAACAAAAAAAUCUUAGAGUUUCAAAGCGCCACACCUAAAAAGCCGGUCUUGAGAAGGGGUGUCGUGCGUGCAAAUCAUGCUCAAAUUCGAUCCAAUAGUUGCUUUUUAUGAAAUCAAAAUUUGUCCGGACCGUCACCAAACAGGCUCGGUAGGACGAUGAGCUGACUGUGUUCUGGCAGAUGAGACUGUGACCCGAAACGUGACCUCGAACCGUGUAGACUUUCCGAGUGAAAGGGAGAGAUACAUAAGUGUUAUUAGUAUGAGAACAAACUAUUGUGAAUUUUUAGGAUGGGAUACGAGUAUAAAUUACCCAAAUUAAUCAGUUGUAGUAUAUUCACAUACGAAAAACGCAUUUUGUUUCGCUUUCCGCAUUUCCGAAACUGAAGGAAUCCUAGUUUAUUUUUUUGGUACCGCUGCGAAGAUCAAAAGAGAGGUUAGCAUUUUCCUUUUUAAUAAGAGCCCAAUUCCAAACAGUGAAGCGAAAAACGUUGUACAUGUAAACUAAGAGAAAUAAUGACUAAUAUACUCCCCUACCCCGCCCAUGCUGCUGAAAACGCAAGAACCCUCUCACAGACAAACGUACGUAAAUCUGCUUUAGAAUUUCAUCAUGCAACAUUUUAACGGUCAAUUCAAAAUGUUUGGAAGCUCACCACGGCAGUUUUGAACUCACCACAGCUCUGGUUUUGACGCCUUUGACAGUUUGUUGAAAAUACAAUAGAGCAGUUCGGUUUCAAUGAACGAUUUCCAAAAUUCAAAAAAAUAUUACUUUAAUAGUCAGGACCCGGUGCCUGCAGUUCCCGUUACAGUUUAUAUGGAAUUCCAAUAAGAAUGUAACAGAAAAAUUAGGCUCCGGGUCCAGACUGUUAAUCAGAUUUUUGCAAAUAUGAGUUGAAAUUUUAAACUUUGAAACUUUUAAUCAAAUAGUUAAAUUUGACCCUUAAUCGGUUUAAGGAGGUGGCAAACAAACAAACUUAUCCUACAACUUUAAAAAACAUUAUCGAUCAGAAACACCCUUAUCGAAAUACUGAUUUUUGGAUAUUUGCACAGCAAUUCUUUAAUGGUCAGCCCAAAAAUUAGUAUGGACAAAUCAGUCAUGAAAAAUUGCUUCUUUUGACAUCCAGUUUAAGACCGUUGAAAAUAUUUUUCAAAGUUUCGCAGCAAGCCGUAGUCGAAAAUGAUGGCCAUUGUGCGCAGAGCAACCUAAAUUUUUAACGCAUCGAUUUCCCUCGAACAUAUUUUAGUGAGAAAUUGAUGUUUUCGCAACAGGCAACAGGUUGCACUAGUGAGCAAUCUCUUUCUUUUUUUUAUUUGUCGAUUUGUGUAUGACAUUAAUAUAUGAUUUUCAUCUGUUUGUCUAUGAUUGUUGGAUUCCUGAAAAAAAACGAGAAUCACGCAGCAAAACCCAGCAAGAAUCUGUAUACCGAUUUACAUGAAUUUAUUUGAUCAAGUACGAUUUAGUUUUAAACUUCUCAUCACUCAUAUAGUGCGUAGCGAGCCACAUUUUGUAAUCGAAUUUACUACGUAAAAAAACCCUGAGAAAAUCUUCCAGCGUAGAAGCAACCAACAUACACGUAACAUUAGACACGAAAGAACAAGAAAAUGAAAACACUCUCAAUUAAGUAAUCAAUGUCCCUUAUAUGUUGCCCCUCAAUCAACCGAUUGUUAAAAACAAUGAAUAUCUACGUAUAUUUAGUACUAAAGAAACGUUACUCCUUCAAUAACCACCAACACACACAGUUUAUACUUUUUAAGCCACGUUAACCCCAUCUUUUAUUUGUGUUUGCUCGAGAAAGAUUCCAUCGAAUCAAGUUUAGUGCAACAAGCCGCAUCCUGCUUGUUGCAGAAAUGCCCUACUAUUUAUUUCCCGACUUGUUGAAACACACGAAAGUAAAAGAACAAACUAAUAAAAAAAACUAAAUGUGUACCCCCCGCAAACCAGUAUCGUGGAAGAGAGAGAGAGAGCGCGCGCACGAAAUCGAGAUAGAGAAGAAAUCCACGUUUGCGCGCGAGCGUCGCUUAAAAAGACAUGUGAAAUAUUAUUUUUUAUACAUAAAAGAAAGGAUAAAAAUGAAUAACUAGAAAGUAACAGUUAGAUAAAUCAUAUACAUAUAUUAUAUCUUCUAGGAGAACAAACAAAAAGAACUAUGAAUGAGUAAAAAGAGCAAAUUGUGCGCGCAAAUGACAGCAUCCGCGAGAAAGAGAAUGACUAUUGGCAGAGCAGAAGAAAAAGCCCAAAAACUGAGUUGUCGUCAACCGAGACUAUAAAUUACGAUUACCUAAAAAAAAAACAAAUGAAUGCACAGAAAGCUUUCCGUGAUGCCCCGUGAAAAUGUAGAAGGAGAAGAGGAAAAAAGAAAUAAAAAAAAACAAAGAUUCCGUUUUCUUUUUUGGAUUACACACACUCAAAUUGACGAUCAGACGCGUCGUCAAACGUAAAACAGAAAUUAAACCCUUAUUCAAUGCAACAGCAAAAAAAAAACAAAAAAAAAAACAAAUGGCUAAUAAUUGAUAUUUGUGAAACGAACAAUGAAAAAACCUAGCGCGUUCUUUUCUGCUGCAAACAAAGGUAGUUUGAAACGGAAUAAAUUAAUUAUAACUCAA